GCAUGCGUUUAAACAGGUAUGUAUGUACUUAUGUACCUGCAGGUGAAUAUGAAGUCAUCACCAUGUUUCUGUCAGCUGCCGUCAACCGCCAAUUCUCCGUAUAGGUCAAUUAAAGACGGGUGAAUUCAAAGUCAAACUGGAAGUCAAUAAACCCAGCAACAUCAUCUCCCAAAAGUCAAUGACGUACAUCUUAUAUCUUGUCCCAAUAGCCUGGACUCAUUGCCACAAUCCCAACGUCAUAUACAGACCUAUCUCACACCCAAGGUAGUUAGAUGUAAGGACAGCUGAGCUAGCCAUGUAUCGUCCCUACUUCGAUGAUGCUGUGAUGUCGUCGCUAUGUACCUACCGUGGCUGUUCAAUUAAUUAAUGAAUUAAUUAUAUACCACACAACCCGAGUUCAUAUGUAAAUACCUGUAUCAAACAUAACACGUCGUGACCAGAAACCCAUAUCACCUAUCUCUAGACAUCCCAUACACAGCAAACACCAUGUCAGCAACCCAAGCCGCCUACGGCGUCGAGAAGCUCACCGGCCACGGCGACAACGCGGUCACCGCCCAAGACGUGUCCAACUACUCCGGCGAUGCUGGACAGGGCGAGGAGGGCGGGACGAUGAAGGCCCUCUGCUGGAUGGGCAAGAACUCGGUCGAGAUCUGCGAUGUCCCGCGACCCAAGAUCCUCGAGCCGAACGAUGUCAUUUUAAAGGUUACCGGUAGCACGGUUUGCGGGAGCGAUCUGCACUUGUAUCAUGGAACCGUCAUCCAACUAACCCCAGGCGACAUCCUGGGCCACGAGUUCUGCGGCGUCGCCACCGCCCUCGGCUCCGCCGUCCCCCCGGACAAGAUCCGCCUCGGCGCCCGCUACGUCGCCUCCUUCCAGAUCGCGUGCGGCUCCUGCUUCUUCUGCGCGCAGAAGCUCUCCUCGCAGUGCGAGCGCACCAACGCCAACACCGCCGAGCGCGCCAUGUACGGCGGCCGCACCGCCGGCAUGUUCGGGUACUCCCACUUCACCGGCGGCUUCGCGGGCGGCCAGGCCGAGUACGUCCGCGUCCCGCUCGGCGACGUGAACCUCCUCGCCAUCCCGGACGGCGUGCCCGACGAGAAGGCGCUGUACCUGAGCGACGUGCUGGCCACGAGCUACAACGCCGUGCACGACACCGCCGUCUACCCCGGCGACUCCGUCGCCAUCUUCGGCGCCGGCCCCAUCGGCCAGAUGGCGGGGGUAUUCGCGCUGAAGGCCGGCGCGGCCAAGGUCAUCUUCGUGGACACGGAGCCCAGGCUCACGUUCGUCAGGGAGCACUGGCCGGCUGGCGAGAAGGGGAAGCUGGAGCUGGUCGAUUACAAGACGUUGGCGUUCGGGGUGACGACGAAGCCGACGGUGGUGUCGAGGCUGAAGGAGUUGUGUGGGGGGAGGGGGCCGGAUGCUGCUAUUGAGUGUGCCGCAGGCGAGUACGCCAAAGGCUGGAUGCACUGGCUGGAGAUGACGCUCGGCGCCGAGACCGACACGAGCGAGAUCAUCAACGAGAUGAUCGAAGGUGUGCGGAAUUUCGGUAGGUGCGGUAUCACCGGCGUAUAUGUCGGCUAUACCAACCACUUCAACGUCGGCUCCCUCAUGGAACGCGGCAUCCGCCUGAUCGGCAACGGCCAGGCCCCCGUGCACAAGUACUGGCACGACCUGCUGGCCAUGAUCGAGGCCGGCGACCUCGACCCCCUGCAGAUGGUCUCCCACCGCGUCCGCCUCGAGGACCUCGACAAGGUCUACGCCGUCUUCGACCGCCGCGAGGACCGCAUGCAGAAGGUCUUCGCCCAGACCCGGUUCUCCGCUCCGCCGUGCCAGGGGAGUCCCGCGCUUACGAGGUAUUGAGGUUGGGGUUCGGGGGGGGGAGUUGCUUGUUUGUUUGUUGGUUGGUUGGUUGGUUGGUUGCUGUGUAGAAAGAAAGAAAGAAAGAAGAAACGGCCGCAAGAUAAAAAAAGAAAAAGCAGAGCCAGUCAAAACUAAAUGAAACGAAAGAAAGAAAUAGUAAUAAUAAAAAAGGUAUAAAUAUGGGAGCGAGUUGUAUCAACAUACCUAGUAUAUAAUAGUAUACUAACCUAACCUAGGUAGGUAAAUAGGUAGGGCUGGCCAACAAACGAGUCACGAUACUCGAGGACCUUGAUGGCCUUCUGAUGUAGGCAACUAGGUAAUACAAGUUGUACCUACCAAAUACGCAAUGCAUCUACC